AUGAGUGAUGACGAGGCCGAAAAUAACCAAAUGCGCAAUGCAUUAACUGAAAUAGCUAAAGAAGUUCAAAAACUUCAUAAAAACACCAUCUCAAGUAAAAGCAACAAUAAUAAGAGUGACGCCGAAGAAAUUUUCGGUCAACUUCUAAAAUGCAAGAGGUCUUUGAAUUUUCGAGGAAUUCAAAUAAAAAGAUUGAAAAAUAAUCUAAAAACUGCUUGCGCUGUUGCUAAAACUAUGUCGUCAAUUAAAGCAAGUGAAACAGCAAACCUAACAAGUCAAUUAGAUAUUUCUAGAAACAAGUAUUUGAAUUUAAUACAACAACAAAGCGCAAAAGACGAAAUAAUUGCCAACUUAAGAACAGAAAACCGCGCUUUACGAGAUCAGCUUGAAUUCUUUGAUACCGUCAUUAAACUUGGGUAUCAAGAAAUACAGAAAAUGAGAAAUGAAGAAACCGCUGAAAAUAUUUCUGCAUUGGAACAACUUAAACACAUAUUAGUUUGCUGUGGACAGUAUUACGCGAACUACUGUGAUGAACGUGAGAAACGCAUUCGGCUUGAACAAAAGAACAGAUUCCUCAACACAUUAAUUACAAUGCAAAAUUAUUUAACACCUAAAGAUAAAAUGGAUACCGUUCGUAACAACAAGGAUAAAAAAUGCCCAUUGCCAAGCCCACGACAAAGUAUUGGUUUGGCUCUGUCUGAAUUAAAGCUUGGGUCUCAUCAAAGAAACUUUACUAAUCUCACCAUGACAAAAAUAGAAUUAAAUAAACAUUUGUCACCAAUGAACAACAGGGAUUUAGACUUGACGACACAUUUAAAAACAGUGAAGCAACUUCUUAAUGAUCAAGAUAAUCUUAUUAAAGAUUUGAAGAGCCUAUCGAAAGCAAUAAAUGUUGAUGAAACUUACUGA